AUGGAGAAAGCCACCAACACUUUUUUCUUCUUGUUUCACUUGGUUGUGGCUAGUAUAGCCAUGACUCACACCAAUAUUACCAAUGAUCAAUUAGCUCUUCUUUCUUUAAAAUCCCAAAUCAUUUCUGACCCCUUUCACUUGUUGGAUGAAAGUUGGUCUCCAACUACUUAUGUCUGCUAUUGGGUUGGCAUUACUUGUUCUUCCCACCAUCGAGUGACGAUGCUGAAUAUUUCCAACAUGGCUCUUACAGGCAAAAUUCCUCCUGAUUUCGGGAAUCUCACAUUUCUUGUUUCUCUUGACUUGAGUGGCAACAAUUUCUAUGGAAAUUUGCCUCAAGAAAUGGCACGUCUACGUCGGUUAAGGUUUGUUAUGCUUGGUUUUAACAACUUCAAUGGGGAGGUUCCUUCAUGGUUCGGGGUCUUACACCAACUUCAAGUUCUGAAUAUAAGGAAUAAUAGUUUUAGUGGUUCCAUUCCCUCUUCAAUUUCUAAUAUCUCUACGCUUCAAACUUUGGAUUUGACAUACACCUCCUUAGGGGGCCAAAUGCCAAAAGAAAUUGGAAAUCUUCAAAAUCUAAGGGUUUUACGAAUAUCUGGUAACAAUCUUAUAGGUUCUAUCCCUCUGUCUCUCUCAAAUGCCACAAGGUUGAUGACUUUAGAACUUUCUGUCAAUUACCUUGAAGGAAACAUCCCCAAAGAGAUUGGAGAACUUCAAAACCUAAAAGUUUUGGCAAUACAAGCUAAUCAACUUAUAGGUUCUAUACCAUUCUCGAUCUUCAACAUUUUCGGAAUUAAAGUCAUUGGAUUUUCAUAUAAUACCUUAUCAGGAGAUCUUCCUACUGAUAUGUGUGAUCGACUUCCAAUGCUGAAAGUGCUUUAUCUAGGUUUCAACGAGCUACACGGUCAUAUGCCUCUAAGCUUGGCAAACUGUUCAAAACUUCAAACCUUUGUUUUAUCUGAUAACAAGUUUGAUGGACCCAUACAUAGUGAAAUUGGACAUUUAAGUAAUUUGCAGGAUUUGUCUCUCGAAAAUAACCAUUUUGAAGGGAGAAUUCCACAAGAAAUCGGGAAUCUUGAUAAUUUGGUGUCCAUAAAUCUUAUGGCAAACCAGAUUACCGAUUGUAUCCCAAUCUCCAUAUUCAAUAUCUCGUCACUACAGUUUCUCUCAUUGGAUGACAACAAUCUCCUUGGGCCCUUGCCAGGGGAGGUUGGCAACUUGACCAAAUUGCAGUAUCUACUUCUUAAUGAAAAUAUGCUUACAGGUGAAAUACCGAAAGAGGUAAGCAAUCUCAUUGACUUGGCUGAAAUGGGGUUGGGUUUCAACAAGUUUACUGGUUCACUUCCAAUAGAGAUCUUCAACAUAUCAGGGAUAGAAACAAUUCAACUUACUUCCAAUAAUCUGACAGGAACCCUACCAUUAAACAUGGGUUCUACGUUACCCAACAUUGAAGUUCUUUAUCUAGGUCGUUUAAAUCUUUUUGGGACUAUACCUCAUUCUCUCUUCAAUUGUUCCAAACUCACUCAUCUAGACCUUGCUGUAAACAGACUCACCGUUUCUAUAGGAAACCUUUCCAGUGCUUCUCCUCUAUGGUUUAGAGCUUUUGAAUGUGGAAUUAAAGGGGAAAUUCCUAAAGGAAUUGGGAACUUAAGCAGCUUAGUAGACCUCGACCUUUCUGGAAAUGGCAUAACUGGAUCGAUUCCCGCAACAAUUAGAAAUUUGAGAUUCCUUCAGCGCUUUAAGUUGAGUCAAAACAAACUUUCUGGAUCUAUUGGAGAAGAUCUAUGUAAAUUGCAGAACUUAGGCUAUUUACACUUGACUCAAAAUAAACUUUCAGGAUCUAUUCCUAAUUGUUUGGGGAACUUAACUUUCCUUCAAGAGAUAUUUCUAGGUUCCAACAAAUUGUAUUCGAACAUACCAGCAGGUUUAGGGAACCUCAAAAAUCUCUUGAGGCUAGACUUAUCCUCAAACAACUUGGGUGGCUCAUUACCUCUGGAGAUUGGAAACCUAAAGGCUGUCAUAUAUAUGGAUCUAUCAAUGAAUGCACUCUCAAAUGGCAUACCCGGAGAAAUUGGUGGCUUGCAGAAUCUAAUACACCUUUCUUUGAGAGACAACAAGUUGCAAGGAUCAAUACCUGGCUCAAUGACCAGCAUGUCAGCUUUGGAAUUUCUAGACCUUUCUCAGAACAAUGUCUCAGGAUUAAUUCCCAAGUCUAUGGAGAAGCUACAAAAUCUCAAGUAUUUCAACGUUUCAUUCAACAAGUUGGUUGGUGAAAUCCCCACUGGCGGUCCUUUCAAGAACCUCUCCAGUCGGUCAUUCAUGUCCAAUGAAGCAUUGUGUGGUUCUAUAAGAUUUCGUGUUCCGCAUUGCAACAAUAGUACUUCAAAACAUAGAUCCAAGAGGAAAAAGGUACUUCUAUUUCUACUAGCUGGAAUACUAGUUGUAUUAAUUCCUAUCGUCUUUCUGCUUGUAUGGAUAAGGUAUAUAAAAGGUAAAAGAAAGCAAGCAGUUGACUCAUCCUUUGUCGUCUCAACCAGAGAAAGAAUUUCAUACUAUGAAUUGCUCCGAGCAACUGAUUCACUCAGUGAGAGUAAUUUGGUUGGUUCUGGGAGUUUCGGCUCUGUUUACAAAGGAAUCCUCAGAGAUGGGACUCCUAUUGCAGCUAAAGUUUUCAAUCUGCAAUUGCAAGCGGCAUUUAAGAGCUUUGAUACAGAAUGUCAAGUUUUGCGCAACCUCCGUCAUAGGAAUCUCACCAAAGUCAUAACUAGUUGUUCCAACCUUGAAUUUAAGGCUUUGGUACUUGAGUACAUGUCCAAUGGGAGCCUCGAUAAGUGGUUAUAUUCGCACAACUACUCCUUAAACAUUAACCAUCGACUAAGUAUAGUGAUAGAUGUGGCAUGUGCGUUGGAGUAUCUCCACCAUGGCUGCUCAUUGCCCGUGAUUCACUGUGAUUUGAAGCCUAGUAACAUCUUGUUGGAUGAGGAUAUGGUUGCCCACAUAAGUGAUUUUGGCAUUUCAAAACUGCUUUCUGAUGAUGAGAGUGCUUCAUACACUAAAACUCUAGCAACAUUGGGCUAUAUUGCACCAGAGUAUGGAUUGGAGGGAUUGGUGUCAACAAAAUGUGAUGUUUAUAGUUAUGGCAUCAUGUUGAUGGAAAUAUUUACACGCACAAAGCCUAGUGAUGAAAUGUUUGAUGGAGAUUUUAGCUUGAAGCAAUGGGCUUCCUUGCCCCCUGGUCUUGAGGUAACUGGUUCCACUGCAGUAUGUAAAUUGAACAAGUCACUUUAUGGCUUGAAACAGGCCAGCAGACAGUGGUAUGAGAAGCUGUCAGAGGCUCUAUUUUCGAAGGGUUACACCCACUCCAUGAGUGACUAUUCCUUAUUUCUGAAGAACUCCAAUCAUUCUUCUAUUUUUGUGGCAGUAUAUGUAGAUGAUGUGAUCAUCAUUGGGACAAAUCCAUCAGAAAUUAUUCAACUCAAGCAGUUCCUUCAUGACACCUUCAAAAUUAAGGAUCUUGGUAAACUUCAUUAUUUUUUGUGCCUGGAGAUAUUGUAUGGAGAAGGAGGUGUCAUAAUGUCCCAAAGGAAGUUUGUCUUAGAUUUACUCAAGGAAUAUGGUUGUCUCCGGUACUCCAGCUUUUCUUCUCCACUUGAUCCAAAUGUUAAACUGAAAGCCAAAGAAGGCACUGUUCUGUUUGAUCCUACAUUCUAUAGAAAACUAGUAGGCAAGUUGAAUUUCCUUGUCAACACCAGAUUAGAUAUAGCUUAUGGUGUCCAACACUUAAGUCAGUUCAUGCAGGAUCCCAGAGAACCCCACCUGCAAGCAGCUUAUCACUUACUCAGAUACCUUAAGAAUGAUCCAACCUUAGGCAUCUUUAUGUCUUCAGCCCCAAACUACUCAGUUCAUGCCUAUUGUGAUUCGGACUGGGAAAGUUGUCCUGAUUUUAAAAGGUCUGUCUCUGGUUACAUUGUACUUUUGGGGAAAACACCUAUCAGCUGGAAGUCUAAGAAACAAGAAACUAUUUCCUUAUCUUCAGCAGAGGCAGCAUACAGGUCGUUAAAGAAGGUGGUUGGUGAACUUGUUUGGGUGGAUAGACUUUUACGAGAAUUAGAUGUUCCUUCCUCCAAACCUGUUGCAGUAUAUUGUGACAAUCAAUCUGCCAUUCACAUUGCAAGAAAUCUUGUCUUUCAUGAAAGGACUAAACAGAUCGAAGUCGAUUGUCAUUUUGUUCGAGACAAACUACAAGAUGGCCUUAUUUCUCUACAUCAUGUUGUUACCACAGACCAGUUGGCUGACCUCCUCACCAAAGCUCUCACUGGUGUUCGACAAUUUUGCAUAAUGUCCAAGUUGGUUGUGAAGCCUCCCAUCCCACUUGAGGGGGGUAUUGAGAAUGUAUUUAUACGUAUGCAGCUAGUAUAG